ACAACAAGUUCUAAAUCACUAGAAAUCCAAUAUCACUUUUAUUAUGGAUAACUACACACAAAUCCUAGAAAACCAACAAAGUUUUGAAGCCAACUUAUCAAAGAGGAUGCUUGAAUUUGAGCAAAGGCUCAACCAGACGACGCCCGAUUACAACAAAACAGUGGCUGGUAUCUCAGAUGAGUUUCAAUUGUUCAAACGGGAAACCUUGAGUAUCUUUAGCCUCCUUCGCCAACAAAUAUCUGGUCUUGUUGAUGCUAUUGAUGUCAUGGAGAUGAGACACCGUAGGAAGUACCUACUAAUUGGCGGCAUCUCUGAAGAUGUUAAAGAUGAUAAUUUGGUAGGCUUUGCAUCUCAACUCAUAAGGAAUCAGCUAGAUUUGCCACAAGUAACUGUUGACAAGCUGACUGUGUGUCAUAGACUGGGCAAGCAAAGUCAGGGGAAGCCACGGCCCACACUGGUUCGGUUUGCGGAGGCCACCCUUAAGUCUGUAAUAUGGAAGAAGACGGGUUUUAGGGGAACUCCAUAUUCUUUAUCCGAAUUCCUCACUCGCAGGCGGCAAUCUCUCUUUCUUCAAGCGAGAGAACGGUUCGGUAUGAGAAAGUGUUGGACAUUUGAUGGCAAUAUAAAUGUUUUAACGCCUGAUGGCUCGAGACAUCGACUUCGUGGUGAAGAGGAUCUAGUCAGGCUUGCAGAGAGCAUGGAAGAUCUGAAGGAUGGCUAUGGUGUCGCAGUCGCAGCUGAAACCGAUUGUGGGCAGUCAUCGAAUGCUUCUCCAGAGGCUCGUGGCAAGAAGACAAAGCGAGCAGUCAGGAAGAAAUGAGUCUUCAUUGUAUGACAUUAUUGUUCUAGUUCCCAUUUUAAUUUCUCAUAUGUAUUCCCUAUUUAUUGCGCACUAAGUAUUACCCUCAAAUUUGUUUAUAAUUUGAAUCUUCAAUUUUAAAGAAUUCAG